AUGGCGCAGCAGCACUUUGUCAACAAGAUCGAGGAACUCGUGCAGGAGUCCCUGGAAGGGUUGAUCGACUCCAACCCAAACCUCAUCCGCCUGGAUGGCUAUCCCCACACCAAGGUAGUGUACGAUCGCAACCACGAUGCCAGCAAGGUGGCUGUCAUCUCCGGUGGUGGCUCUGGACACGAGCCCGCGAUGGCGGGGUACGUCGGGGCCGGGAUGCUGGCCGCUGCCGUGGCGGGGGACGUGUUUGCUUCCCCCUCCGAGGACGCAGUCCUGGCCGCCAUCCGGGCCGUGGGCGGGCCCGCGGGCGUGGUCCUGAUCGUCAUGAACUACACCGGGGACAGGCUGAAUUUUGGUGCCGCCGCUGAGCGCGCCAAGGUCGAGGGCAUCCCCGUGGACAUGGUGAUCGUGGCCGACGACGUCGCGCCCAUCGAGGGCGGCACCGUCAAGAACCGGCGCGGCAUCGCCGGGACAGUCCUGGUGCACAAGGUGGCUGGCGCUGCCGCGGCGGAGGGCCGCCCGAUCCUGUCCACGUGCAACGUCCCCGGCGCGCCGCCCUCUGACCGCCUGGCGGCGGGCGAGAUGGAGAUGGGCCUGGGCAUCCACGGCGAGCCCGGCGCGUACAAGACCGCGCUGGCCCCCCUUGACCAGAUCGUGGGGCGGCUGGUGGGCCAUCUGGCCGACGCCGGCGCGCUGGACGCCGCCUCCCCCCGCGCCGUGCUGCUGGUGAACAACCUGGGCGGCAGCACGCCGCUGGAGGUGGGCGCGGCGGCCUCCUCGGCCGUGCGCGUGCUG